GAGCCUACGCCGACCCAGUGGUCCCUACACCCCCGGCCAUGGCGACCUCGCGCCGAGACCCCAGAGCCAGCCCGGCCUCCCGCCUGCCGCUGCCAUUGCUGCUGUUCCUUGGGGUCCUCGUCCGAGUCAGGGGCGACAAUGGCGGCGACUUCGACCUCGCAGACGCCCUGGAGGAGCCAGGACCCACGACCCCCAGGCCCAGCAGUGGCCUCUACCCCAGGCUCCCUCAGGACUGGGCCCAUGAUCCCCACGGAGGAGGAGGAGGAGGAAGUAAGUGCUUGGGACUGGGCAAAGAUGUGGACCCUAGGCCAAGGCCCCGCCCCCAGCCCCGCCCCCAGCCCCGCCCCCCGCACGAGGACGGGGAGGGCUUCGGAGGGGCGUGGCCUCACCCAACUCCGCCCUCCUCUCGCCCCGCAGGAGGUGGCCACCCGGACCAACCAGGGCCCCGGGAGUCGGCGCCAGUGUGAGAAGGACGUCGCUCUGACCUCUGCGCGACUCCCGGACGACGACGUUGCCGCGCCGGGUUGUGGAAUGGGGGCGGGUGGGGUCGGGUCCUGGGACCUCCGGCUGAGGCAAGAUGGCUGCCGCCCAGGAGAGAGCGGGGACUUCCUGUUUUGGCUCUGCCUCGGGUCCUCUGACCCGGGUGUGGGAAUAAAGCGAAGGCAUGGCCCCUCACACGGUUCAGUGUGUGUCUGUGAUGAGGCCAUAAGAGUGGGGUUGGUGAUAGCAUCAGCUGGGCGGGGUCGCGCCUGGAGUGCAUCUGCACUCACUGAAUUGCCCAGGAUGCAAUGCGCGGCCCACAGGAAGCUCGGGGAGGAGGAGGAGCACAGUGCGGGGGCUUCCGCCCUUAGCAGGGAACGGAAAGGUCCACAGCAGGGGCUGGGGAAGCAGAGCUCAGAUCAGAGGCUGCCGGGGCCGCCGUUCAGAGCCUGCCCCAUAACGGCCAGCAACAGUGGAUAAGGGGUGUUCCUCGUGCUCGGGUCCGAGAGCAGAAGCCGCACUUCUUUCUCUUGUUUCGGCAAUGGACGGCGAGGCGACACGAGUCAGCACAGCUUUUCUCGGAGAUGAGAUUUCUCUGCACGGCUGAAGAUCCAUCUGAGGACUAACAUGGCUUCCCGGGGGGUGGGGGUGGGGAGUCCCUCCACCGGAUUAAAGAUUUAAAGUCUCCUUAA